CGAAAGAGUUCAUUGAAAGGAGACCUGCUGGUGUGCCGUCUUUGUGUUGACAUAUUCGGAGGAUUGAGAGGAGAGGCCUCCAACAUCCUCCAUGAUGCUGUCUAGCAAGAAGUCAGAUGCUGGCACCUCCUCCUCCUCCUCUUCAUCCUCUGCAGGAGCGGCAGGAGGUGAGAGGGCCCCGGUUUCUGACGCGCAGACUGGCCCAUCAGCGUCAGCUGCAGGGCCAAUGGAUGUAAAGAAAAAGGAGAGGUCAUCCCCCAGUGGGGAGCCCGGAGGAGCCCCUCUGCCCCACCAAGCAGGCCCCGGGGGGAUCGACCAAGACUCAGCAGAAGUUCGCAGGACGAGUCGUCGCAAGCGAGCAAAACAGGUGGAGUACCGCGAGAUGGACGAGAGCCUGGCCAAUCUGUCGGAAGACGAAUAUUACUCAGAGGAGGAGAGGAACGCCAAGGCAGAGAAAGAGAGGAAGCAGGUCAUCCCCCCACCGGCGCCACCAGUUGAGGAAGAGAAUGACAGUGAACCAGAAGAACCAUCUGGUGUGGAAGGAGCUGCUUUCCAGAGCCGUCUUCCUCAUGACCGUAUGACAUCCCAGGAGGCCGCCUGCUUCCCUGACAUCAUCAGCGGUCCCCAGCAGACCCAGAAGGUCUUCCUCUACAUCCGCAACCGUACACUCCAACUGUGGCUGGACAACCCCAAGAUCCAGCUGACCUUUGAGGCCACAGCACAGCAGCUUGAAGCUCCAUACAACAGUGAUGCUGUGCUGGUCCACAGGAUACACAGCUACUUAGAAAGGCAUGGUCUCAUUAACUUUGGCAUUUACAAGAGGGUCAAGCCUUUACCCACUAAGAAGACCGGGAAGGUUAUAGUCAUUGGUGGAGGUGUGUCUGGUCUAGCUGCAGCCAGGCAGCUGCAGAGCUUUGGGAUGGAUGUUACAGUACUGGAGGCCAGGGACCGCGUUGGAGGUCGAGUGGCCACAUUUAGGAAGGGCAACUAUGUGGCUGAUCUGGGAGCCAUGGUGGUGACAGGGCUGGGAGGGAAUCCCAUGGCAGUGAUCAGCAAGCAGGUUAACAUGGAGCUGGCCAAGAUCAAGCAGAAGUGUCCACUGUAUGAAGCCAAUGGCCAGGCUGGUGAACGGUGCACAAGUGUGCCAAAAGAAAAGGACGAGAUGGUGGAGCAGGAGUUCAACAGAUUGCUGGAGGCCACCUCCUACCUCAGCCACCAGCUGGACUUCAACUUCCUCAACAACAAACCCGUUUCUCUGGGACAGGCCCUGGAGGUGGUCAUACAGCUGCAGGAGAAACACGUAAAAGACGAGCAGAUUGAACACUGGAAGAAGAUUGUAAAGACUCAGGAAGAUCUCAGGGAUCUUCUCAACAAGAUGGUGACCACUAAGGAACGGGUUAAGGAGCUCCAUCAGCAGUAUAAGGAGGCCAGUGAAGUCAAACCACCCAGAGACAUCACAGCCGAGUUCCUGGUGAAGAGCAAGCACCGCGACCUCACGGCGCUCUGCAAAGAGUACGACGAGCUGGUGGAGAUGCAGGUCAAGCUGGAGGAGAAGCUGCAGGAGCUGGAGGCCAAUCCACCCAGCGAUGUUUACCUGUCAUCCAGAGAUCGACAGAUCCUCGACUGGCACUUUGCCAACCUGGAGUUUGCCAACGCCACGCCCCUCUCCACCCUUUCACUCAAGCACUGGGAUCAGGAUGACGACUUUGAGUUCACUGGCAGCCACCUGACAGUAAGGAAUGGUUACUCUUGUGUUCCUGUGGCCCUGGCCGAAGGCUUGGACAUCAAACUAAACACAGCAGUGCGGCAGGUCCGAUACACAGCCUCUGGCUGUGAGGUGAUCGCGGUCAACACUCGCUCCACGACGCAGACCUUCAUCUACAAGUGUGAUGCUGUGCUGUGCACCCUGCCUCUGGGUGUGUUGAAGCAGCAGCCCCCCGCGGUGCAGUUUGUUCCCCCGCUGCCGGAGUGGAAGACAUCUGCUAUCCAGAGGAUGGGCUUUGGCAACCUCAACAAGGUGGUGUUGUGUUUUGACCGCGUGUUCUGGGAUCCCAGCGUCAACCUGUUCGGUCACGUCGGCUCCACCACAGCAAGUCGGGGCGAACUCUUCCUCUUCUGGAACCUCUACAAAGCGCCGAUCCUUCUCGCUCUGAUGGCCGGGGAGGCCGCCGGCAUCAUGGAGAACAUCAGCGACGACGUGAUCGUCGGACGCUGCCUGGCCAUUCUCAAAGGAAUAUUUGGAAGCAGCGCUGUGCCACAGCCAAAGGAAACAGUGGUCACUCGUUGGCGUGCGGACCCCUGGGCGCGGGGCUCCUACUCAUACGUCGCGGCAGGCUCGUCGGGUAACGACUACGACCUCAUGGCGCAGCCCAUCACGCCCGGCCCGGCUAUACCGGGAGCCUCGCAGCCCGUCCCCCGUCUCUUCUUCUCCGGGGAGCACACGAUCAGGAACUACCCCGCCACGGUCCACGGCGCCCUGCUCAGCGGGCUCCGCGAGGCCGGACGCAUUGCGGAUCAGUUCCUGGGCGCCAUGUACACGCUUCCCCGACAGGCCACUCCCACGGCCGCCAGCAACCCUCAGCAGGCUCAGCCCACGCCCAGCGUCUGAGGAUGCCUCCCCCAGAGAGAAUGCAGAAGUUUACCCAGAAACUGUCGAUAUUUCUGUCUGUGAAAGAUCGUGGAAGUCCCACACAACACAACUUAGCAUCUUUGCCUUCACUCAAGUAAUGACACUGUAAGGAUUCAUUUUCUGGCUUUACAUGUGAUGUGAAAUUGAGAUUCCUUAACUGGGGCAUUUCAGUCACCCAGACUGACAUACUACAGAGACUGGGUCAAAGAAUAAAUCCCAAUAUUCUUACAUACUAAUAAUAAGUAAUAACUCAUCUAAGACUUUAUAAAUGUGUGAUUCCCCAGUCUUAAAACCAGAAGCAUGGCAUUACGUUCGGUACCCGGAGUGAUUGAGUGUAUUCGAUUCCAUGUGGAGCAUGUCUGCAAAACCCAGCAUCUAUUUAUGCGCCCCUGUCUAAAUACUAAAUGUACACACAACCUCGAACCAGACAUCAUACAAGACAGAAGACCAACUCAGUAGCACUGUGUCAGUCCACUCAAACUGUUGUGCUUAUCUAAGGAGAAGACGUUUCCCUCUGGUGUCGUUCCGGAGGCCUCGUCUCGGUUGUCUUAAAGCAUUGCUGUGUACCGUAGCUGUACGCCUCCUGAAUUUACUUUCUACCGUUUAGGUCGCAGAGUGUAGUGAAAAUAGUUUUAUGAAAAGACAGAUAUGUUGAAAGAAUUGUGAAUGUUUUUUUUUUGUUUCCAUAGCAGUUUAAGUAUUUUAUUAUGGUUGUCAUCACAUACUUUUUUAUAUUGUCAAUCGUUUUGUUAUUAAAAGAAGACUGAAAAUUGCA